AACAAAUUGAUGCGCCAACCCUGGUAGCGUACAGUGCUUGUGCGGGUGUUUUUACGCUAAAUUGAAUAAAUUUCUAUUUAAUACGAGGGCACUUAGAAUUCUAAAACCACUAGAGAGUUAAUAAUGGCGCAACCACAACAACCGGCCUACGAAAACAAAAAUGUGUAUGCAACAUUGCCGCGCACUCAACGUGGCCAGCCAAUUGUUUUGGGCUCGGACCCGAAGGGCAAGAACUUUCUCUACACCAAUGGAAACUCGGUGAUAAUCCGCAAUAUCGAGAAUCCAGCGAUUGCCGAUGUCUACACGGAACACUCGUGUGCAGUGAAUGUGGCCAAGUAUUCGCCCAGCGGCUUCUAUAUUGCAUCCGGCGAUGCCUCUGGAAAGAUUCGCAUUUGGGAUACGGUUAACAAGGAGCAUUUGCUGAAGAAUGAAUUCCAGCCGAUUGCAGGACCCAUCAAGGACAUCAGCUGGUCAGCGGACAAUCAGCGCAUGGUGGCCGUCGGCGAGGGACGCGAACGUUUUGGCCAUGUUUUCAUGACGGAAACUGGCACAUCUGUGGGCGAAAUCAGUGGCCAAUCCAAACCCAUCAAUUCGGCGGACUUUAGGCCAGCCAGACCCUUUCGCAUAGUGACCGGCAGCGAGGACAACACGAUUGCCGUCUUCGAGGGUCCGCCGUUCAAGUUCAAAAUGACCAAGCAAGAUCACUCGCGAUUUGUGCAAGCCGUGCGCUAUUCGCCCGACGGCAAAUUGUUUGCCUCGGCGGGCUUCGAUGGUAAGGUGUUCCUGUAUGACGGCACCAGCUCGGAUCUGGUGGGUGAAUUUGGUUCACCGGCGCACAAGGGUGGCGUCUAUGCGGUCGCCUGGAAGCCAGAUGGCACUCAGCUGUUGACCUGCUCCGGUGACAAGACCUGCCGCCUGUGGCAGGUUGAGUCCCGUGAGCUGAUCAGUGAAUUUGUAAUGGGCACCACUGUGGAUGAUCAGCAGGUGUCGUGCCUGUGGCAGGGAGAGCAUCUGUUGACCGUCUCCCUGUCCGGUAUCAUUACCUAUCUGAAUGUGGAGGAUCCCAGCAAGCCACUGCGAGUGGUCAAGGGACACAAUAAGCCAAUUACUGUGCUGGGCCUGAGCGAUGAUCGCAGCACUAUUUACACUGGCAGCCACGACGGCAUUGUAACCAACUGGAAUUCUGGCAACGGUGUCAACGAUCGCAUCACUGGCACUGGUCAUGGCAAUCAGAUCAACGGCAUUGCUGCCUGGGAUGAGUUUGUCUACACCUGCGGCAUCGAUGAUAGUCUGCGCCAAUUCAGUGUCGAGGGCAACUGCUAUACGGAUUACGUGGUCAAGCUCAACUGUCAGCCACGCGGCUUGGCCAUCUUGCGCAACGAGAACAUCAUUGCAUUGGCCUGCAUUAAGGAGCUAACAUUGGUGCAGGAUCAGAAGAAGAUAUUCUCGCUGCCCAUCAAAUACGAGGCCAGCUCCAUAGCGGCCAAUGCGGAAACCUUGGACGUGGCUGUUGGCGGUGAUGAUCAGAAGCUGCACAUCUAUUCGCUCAAGGGUAGCACUCUCGAGCUAAAGACCGAACUGGAGCAUCUGGGCGCUGUCACCGAUGUCGCCUAUUCACCGGAUCAAAAGUAUUUGGUUGCCUGCGAUGCUCAUCGCAAGGUGGUCCUUUACUCGGUGGAGGAAUAUAAGCCGGCCCACAACAAGGAAUGGGGCUUCCAUAAUGCACGUGUCAACACUGUCGCCUGGUCUCCGAACUCGCUGCUGGUGGCCAGCGGUUCCCUUGAUACCACCAUUAUCAUUUGGUCUGUGACCAAUCCAGCCAAGCACACCAUCAUCAAGAAUGCGCAUCCACAAUCGCAAAUUACGCGCCUCGUGUGGCUGGAUAACAAUACUGUGAUCUCCACUGGUCAGGAUUGUAAUACCAAAGUCUGGCAUGUGGAAACUAUUUAGAAAAACAAUUAAAAUAAAAAAGCAAAAAGUAUGCCAAAAGGAAAAAUGAACAACGAGAAGAACAGCGCAGCCAGCGCAUAUUUUUAUACUUAUUCAGAGAGAAGAAAAAGAAGGAAAGCGCAGACAGAUCCGUUUAAAUCCGAUGUAAAAUUGCCAAGCUGCUAUUAUUCGCUGCGACAUCAGCUUCAUUUCAUUUAAGUGCAACAGUUUAUUUACAUUUAGAUAUUUAUAUAACGCACUCAUUAUGUCCCUUUAGUUUAAGCUCAAAUGUGUUUUUGCUAAUCAUAUCAUGGAUACAGCUAUUCUAUUUGCAUCAUUUUAUAUAUAUAUAUUUAAUAACUAUGAAAAUACUUGCGAGUUUGUGCCGCCAAUUCGACUUCAUUAUGCUUGAAUGUGUUUUUUAACAACAACAACUUUUUUUGGAUACUUAUACAACUGAACUACAGUUUAAACAAUACUAUACAUAUGUAUAAAGUGCGCCUGCGUACGUAAAUUAUUGUAUUAUGAAAUGAAAUAAAAUAGUUUUUGCAUAAAAAAAAAU